AUGGCACCCGAAAGGUGUCCCCCCCACACCCCUCCCAGCCGAGCUCCAGAGGAAACUGUCUGUACAAAUGGGCCACUCUGUGGUUUUUUAGGUCCCUGCCUGGAGACCCUCUUGCUGGAUGACUCCCUGUGGCUCUCCUCGCCAGAAGAAGCUGCUGGAAUCGAGGCCCUCUUGGACGAGACCUGCCUCCACCGGCUCUACAGGGGACUCUUGAUGGAAGAAGGUGCCUAUUCGGGGUUUUCUCCCGAGAACAUUGACGCGAGGAAUCCCAGAGCCAUUUGCCAGGUGGAAUCGGCAGCUCCAGAGCAAGUCCCGGACGGCCACCCCCCCGAUGGCUUGGAGCCCCCGGUGCCUUUCCAUCAGUGGUUUCUGAAAGCAAAUGCCGCGUCUGAUGGGUUGGCCGGCAUAACUGCGCUUCCAGUCACAGACCAAGCGGCCACAGGAUUAUCUGUCGCCGUCGUCAGCCACGAGAGCUCUGUGCCAGACGAGAUCAGUUUCCAAAAAGGAGAUGAGAUUGAGAUCAUUGGCUACUUCGUGAGCUGCAUGCCGUGGUUUGUGGGGAGGCGUCUCUCUUCAGGCCGGGUUGGCUUUGUGCAGAGCCGCUGUGUGGAGCCCGAGGGCUUCCUGGCCAUCGCCACAGAACUUCCGUGCACGGACUUCUUCAGGGAAGAUGGCGACUCUUCCACGAAAGAAGAAUCCCUCUUGGAUGAUCUGGCCAGGCUCCUGGCGCCCACUUCCCAGGGGACCAUCUGCAGCGCCUAUCAAAUCGAUGCACAGAAUGACGUGGGCCCCCAGAAACCUCGGGAGGAAGAAAUGCCCCCUUCCUUCUUCAAUGAAGAGGAGAGCCCAACGCCAUGCAGAGCGCUGAGGUCACUCAUGAAGAUGAAGGACUUCCAACUGACUGAAGAUAAGAAGCAGCAGCUGCCCACUUGCCAUGGGCCGGAGCCCCCCCUUUUGCAGAAGCCACGUUUCUCCCUGCGCCAGGAUGGGACUUUGGGGCCAGAAAUCCCUGAUUCGUUACUGUCGUUUUUGAACCAGGGGGGUUUUGUGGAGGGCUUGGGGGGCCUGUACGACCCUCCUUUGUCCUUUCUCAAGACGUCCAUCCAGGGCGAUGCCACGGAGGAAGAGCUGAUGGAUUCCUUGGCUCGCGCUCGGGCAGUGGCCAGACAAGCCGACCUGCCCUGGGCCACGACACGGCUCUGCUACCUGCUGGGAAGGAUGAGUCUCCAGAAGUCCAAGCUGUCCCAGGCCCGGGUGUAUUUGGAAGAAGCCCUGGCAACCCUCCGGGGGGAUUUCCACGACCUCCACUUGGUAGUCACUCUUUACACCCACCUCACAGGCAUUUACCUGAAACAGAAGAACGCGGAGAAAAGCGCUUCCUUCCUCGACAAAGCCGCCUCUUUGCUGAUGGGCGUGGCCAGCCACACGGACAGUGCAGAGAUGGCCCUGGAGAUCUUGAACUAUGCCUUGAAAAGAGCCGUGCUCAGCCGGAGCAGAAACGCCGAGGCCAGGGCCUGCUUCCUGCUGGCAAAGCACUGCCUGACCUUCAAGCAGGGACAGGAACCGGCCCCCUUCCUGGAAAGGCUGCAGCAGCUGCUGAAUAUGGGCCAGGGGUUGCCCAGUGGCGGGGGGUCCGUGGACUGUUACCUGAAACUUGGCCAACUCUACAGCCAGAAGUGCCUGCCCCGCCUUGCGCUCAGCUGCGCCAAGGUGGUCUCUUCCCGCAGCUCCUGUUCUCUGCUGGAGCUGUUCAGGACCCUCGAUUUGGUGUUAAGGAAUGCCUCUAAAGUCCACAGUCCCACGCCUGGUGGACAAACACACCCCUCCCUCAUGGCCUUUUACCUCCGAGAACUGCUUCACGCGCUGGAAGGGAGCAGGGGCAGCCAGAAGCUGCGUGGCAUCAUUUACUGCGGACUUUCUCAGCUGCACAGCCGUUACAAGCGGUAUGAAGAAGCCAUCGGCUACAUGGAGGCGGCUCUAGAGCUGAACCCGACUGGAGAAGUGGAGGAAGACACCAUUAACCACUUCAUUUUCCUCAGCUGGCUCUACAUCCUCCAUCGGCAGAGUGACACGGCGCUGUGCAUUUUAAAGGCGGUCGCAGAGUCCCCCUGGAGCACCCGCCAGCAGUUGGGCGUCAUCCAUAACAUGGCAGCCAUUAGUCUGAGACGGAGGAAUCAGCUCAGGGAAGCCGCGGAGAGCUACUUCAGAGCUCUGGGCAUUUCCAGAGAGACGGGCAGCGUGGCUAACGAGGCCGUGGCUCUGGCCAACCUGGGCCUCCUGUACCUGCACUCGGCUGCCCAAAGCCUGGGGGAGCAUUUCUUGAUCAAAGCCAUCCAGCUCUUCUCCGAACUCUCCAGCAGAGAAUGUGGGGGGAACUUCGUGGCCAUCCUCCUCCGGCUGGGCCACCACUACGCCCGGGGGGCCCAGAAGGAGAAGGGGAGGAAUUGCUACGAGUGGGCCUUUCUGGUGGCCAUGGAAUGCGAGGAUGUGGAAGGGCAACUCCAGGCGGUCCAGCACCUCUGCCAUUUCCACAGCACGGUUGUCCCAGAUCCAGCGCAGUGUGUCCUCUACAACGAAUAUCAGCUCACCCUGCUUAGGAAGAUGUCCGACAAGGUCACGGAAGGGCAGGUGCUGGAGACCAUCAGCCAGCUCUACCUGUCUCUGGGGACAGAAAGGGCCUGCCGGUCUGCCCUGGACUACCUGAAGAGAAGCCUUGGCAUCUUCAUUGACCUUCAAGCCAAAAAUAAGGAAGCCCAGGCCUGGCUCCAGGCAGGCAGGAUCUACUACGCACUGCGGGAGAACGAAUUAGUUGACGUUUACAUCCAGGUUGCUCACAACGCUGCUUUGAGCUCUCGGGACCCCAAUUUAGAAAUGGAAAUGCUCGAAGCCUCGGGAGACAUUUUCUUCAACGGAGACUGGGAGAAGGAAAAAGCAGCCCCCUUCUACAGGGACAAGGCCCUGCCGCUCGCUGUGAAGGCCAAAAACAGCAGUGCUGAACUUCGCCUCUUCAACAAGUUGGUUGGGCUGUUCUUGACCUUACGGAAGUAUGAGGAAUGCCUCGGAUACGCCCAGGCGUCACUAAUGCUCAGUGUGGAUUUAGGAGACCAGCUAAGUGAGCGAGUGGCCUACCACCGCCUGGCGGUCAUCCACCAUCACUUGGGGCAGUGUGAGCUGGCUGAGCACUUCUUCCUCAAAGCCGUUUCCCUCUGCCCCUCCCCGCUGGAGUUUGAUGAGGAAGCCCUCUAUUACGUCAAAGUGUACCUUCUCCUGGGAGACAUCACCUUCUACGACCUGAAGGAUCCUUUUGAUGCUGCAGGAUAUUACAACCUGGCGCUGGCUGCUGCCAUGGACUUGGGGAACAAGAAAGCACAACUGAAGAUUUACACCAGACUUGCCAUAAUUUACCACAAUUUCCUUGUCGACCGAGAGAUGUCUCUCUUCUUCUACCAGAAAGCCAGAGUCUUUGCCACGGAGCUGAAUAUUUGCAGAAUCAACCUCUCUCCAGACCAGCCUCCUGGGAGAAAGUUCCCAUGAGCCUCUCCUCUGGACACUGGCUGGAGGGCUUGCAAAGGACAGAGCAGCCCCCCUUUUUUUUCUGGCACCCGAGAACAAGAGCUUCCGUUUCUGAAGCACUCGGUAUCUCCUCCUCCUUCCCACCCAUUUCCCCCAAAAUAAGGACAAAGUCAAGAAAGGGCAUCAGAGAUGAUCCUGGAAGGAGCUGGCUAUGAAACCACAGAACAGUUGAAGUCAGCAAACGGUGAUCGAGCUCAAAUGAAAGUAUUUAACUGAAAAUAAACAUGCUAAAAUAAUACAUAUUCAAAGUUAACAUUUUCUCAUGCUCCAAUUUUAACGUAGUUCCAGGUUUGUUUGGGAAACGGUGCUUAGAGUAUGAAUGUUUCCUGAGGCAGCAACCGAUGGAUCUCCAUGUGAAGGAGUAAAGUAAUAAAUGUUCAGUGGGCACC